AUGGAUUCGUCAUUACACGAGGUCUGGCAGACGGCGUCUGGCAGGGCAUUUGUCCCCACAAUCGGAAAGGGCAGCCAGUUUUACGUCGGCUUCACUCUGGUGCUCAUAGCUCUAGGCCUGACGGGUGCUUUUGCGCUGAACGCCCGGUCGUUUGCGAACCUGCCACUUCUCGGCCUCCCAGCUUCGUUGGCACUUGCUAAUUAUUUCCUUUUUCCUCUCGACAACAUGGACGACUCCAGCCCCGUCCCCGCGCCCAUCUUCCGAGCUGUUUGCAGCUCCACCAGGCCGUUGUACCAGCUCCUCAAGUCAAUCGGCUUCACGAACAAGAUACAUAUCGAGAUUACCGAGAGCGGUAUCAGAUUUGCGGCCGACCAUGCGCGUGUGAUGCAAGGGGUUGCGCACUGGAGCAAGAGCUUAUUUACCAGCUACACAACAAACCUGCCCAAGCCGGUGCAGCAUCGUCGCAAUGAUGACGACGACAGCGAAGAAUACGAGGACGAGGCGGAAGAUACGGAACCGCCCAACUUCCAGAUCUCGCUGCCCGCUCUGCUCGAGACUCUGCAAAUCUUUGGGGCGGCCGAGGCAGCGGCGCGCCAGGCCAAGGCCGAGGCCGACCCGUACCGCAGCAACCUGCGCAACUACCGGGCCGACGCCUUCAGCAACCAGACGCUCGGCAUGACGGGGACGUGCUCGCUGUCGUACGCGCAGGACGGCGAGCCCUUCAGCAUCGUGCUCGAGGAGUCCAACGUCAAGACGACGUGCAACCUAACGACGUACGUGUCCGAGACGCCCGAUGAUAUCCCCUUCGACAUUAAGGACCUAUCGUUCAAGAUCAUCAUGUCGGCGCGUCUGCUGCUCGACGUGCUGUCCGAGAUGGUGCCGACGGCGCCCGAGAAGCUCACCGUGACGGCGUCGCGCCGCGCGCCCUACCUGCGCCUCGCCAGCGCGGGCGUCUCGGCCCUUGGCUCCACCAGCGUCGACUUUGCUAAGGGCCGUGACGUGCUGGAGACGUUCUCGGUGCGCAAGCGCUGGGCCCAGACGUUCAAGUUCGACAUCAUCAAGUCGGCCACGGAGGCCAUGCGUAUCGCCAGCAAGGUCAGCCUGCGCGGCGACGGCCAAGGCGUGCUGAGCAUGCAGUUCAUGGUGGAGGUGGAAGGGGCGGGACCGAGUUUCCUCGACUUUCGUUUUGUCCCGUACGCGGUGCAGGAGGGCGACGAGGACACCGACGAGGACGGCGGUGGCAGUGACGAGGACGAGGACGCUGAGAUGGACAGUAACGCGGCCGAUGCCGUGUAGCCCGUAUUCCCCGGUUGUGUUUCAGUUGGGGACUUUGCACGAUAAUUGACUCUUUGGUCGGGAAAUUUACAAUACGUAUUCGUGUGAACGAGCGCCUGCCACAUGGAGGUUGACGCCCGACGACAUCCGCUCCGCGCCGUGUCUUAAGCCCGGACUGGCUAGCACUUCUAGCAGUAUUUUGGCCGAAGGAGGGCAACUGAGACCAAUGCACGUAGCAGAUAUAGGCCGAGUAGGGGAGCCUAAAUAGUAACAUGCCAAAUUCCUUGCAAUGGC